AUGGAUACACCAAUACCAGUGCUAUUACCUUCGAGUUCAAUUCCGCGUCCACUUUCGCAUCCCCGCCUAGAAUGGACACCUAAACGAUAUCUAUCUGAUCCUCAGCCACCUCCUAUGGACGAUGCUAGAGUUCUCGAGCAAGAAAUGGCAGCUGCUAGACAGUUGCAAGACGGGAAAACCGUAAAGAAGACAAGGCCUCGGCGGACUGUCGAUUUCAACGCUGGUAUGGGCAGAUGGGAUCUUCUACGCAAACACCGACCUAACUCGACAUAUGUCCCCUCCAUGAGACCUGCUCCCCCCUUCAUUGUUGAUCUACUCCCACCAAUUGCUUACCCUGGAAACUCUUCGACGUCGUUGUGCACCAAAUUCAUUCACACAUCGACCAACAAGAUUCGCUGUCCAGUCAAUGUCGUUACAGUCCGUACUACCUGGACUCCUGAAGGAAGACGGGUACUGACAGGGUCAACAAGCGGAGAAUUUACCCUCUGGAACGGUCUCACAUUUAAUUUCGAGACCAUUCUUCAGGCCCACGAUUCCGCCGUCCGAGCCUUCCAAUUUACGCACUCUGGCUCAUUCCUAGCUUCUGCUGACCAGAAUGGAAUCAUCAAGUACUUCCAGCCCAAUAUGAAUAAUUUAACUGCGUGGUCUGGUCACCGCGAAGCCAUUCGAGGUUUGAGUUUUAGCCCAGAUGACCGCCGCUUUGCAACGGCGAGUGAUGAUUCGACUAUUCGAAUAUGGUCAUUCGAAGAGAGUCGGGAAGAACGCGUUCUUACAGGACAUGGGUGGGAUGUUAAGUGCGUAGAAUGGCAUCCUAGCAAGGGUCUUCUAGUAUCCGGAAGCAAGGAUAACCAAAUAAAAUUCUGGGACCCGCGAACCGGAGCGGUUCUUUCAACACUGCAUCAGCACAAAAAUACGAUCCAAGGCUUGGCCUGGUCUCCCAACGGCAACCUUGUAGCGAGCGCCUCCCGUGAUCAGACCAUCCGCGUCUUUGAUAUCCGCGCUAUGAAAGAGUUCCGCAUUCUCAGAGGCCACAAGAAGGAAGUCUGCUCCGUGACAUGGCACCCCGUCCACCCGAUCCUUGUGUCUGGCGGCUCAGAGGGCGCUGUGCUCCACUGGGACCUCGGCGGUCCAGAGCCUACAACCUUGCAACCCGUCACACAACCCCGCGCCACGCUUUCGCAAGCGCACGAUUCAAACAUCUGGUCGAUGGCGUUCCACCCCAUGGGCCAUCUCCUUGCAACCGCAUCGAACGACCACACCACGCGUUUCUGGUCGCGCGAACGCCCUGGCGACGCAACAUCCGUGUUCUCCGGUGGUGGCGAGAAGCCCCCAGAAAUAACGGACAUGAGCGGGCAGGACGACGAGGACGACGCGAUGGUUCCUGGGUUCAGCUAUGGCGGCACGAAUAAGUGGUGGGGCAAGGAUGAGGACACGGCGGUUGGCUUGGGGGAUAAUAGUUUUUCCCAACGUGCAUCGGGUGACGAUCCGAUGGGCUCGGAUGACUUCAUUCCUGGGUUCGGUGCGGCGGAUCAGUUUGGGGGCCCGUCACCUGUCGCUCCAAAACAGAGUGGUCCGCUUCCAGGUCAGGAAGAGAUGUGGACGGCUGACUCGAGAGGUGAGGAGUGGGGAAACCGCAGGGGUGGGUGGGUAGGACGUGGAAGGGGGCAUAAUCCCUCCGGUCCUCGUAGAGGGCGGUACUGA